CCUUCCGCCUGUGCCCAACCUUUUAGCUACGGUGCGGGAAGUUCACAGCCAUGUCCAAACUGUUGUAAAUACCCAGCUGUGCUCAUUGUUUAACCCAGACUCCAGCAUUAUGAAUGAAAAACGAGAAAUCGUAUACCCUAUAUCCCAUACCCAAAAAUUCCUCACGUGCGAGGAAUACACAGCUGUGUCUACGAUCAUUAGCAUGUUGUGGGGACUGACAUUAUGUUCCGUACACACUACCUCCAUCUUGAUAACAACCUCCCAGGCCAUCCUGUUUGUUAGGAUUUCUGACUUUAACAUCUCAGCAACUCAUGGUUCCAAUUCCAUCUCAAUUAUCCAAAUUACUCUGAGUUUCCCAACUCCUCCAUCAACAGCAAUAAGUUUCGAAAAACUUAUCAGCGUACCUCAUCUUAACUAA